UGGCCGCGCGCUUCCCGUGACAAAGGGGCGUGUCCUUUCAGAGUUCACGAUUUAGAGUCACGAAUCGUGAGGUAACUUUGGGAACUGAGGAGACAGGGAUGGACUCCACUUUGCCUGCAGUCGCAGAAGAACUGCUGAAAGAGAUCGAGAGCGCAUUUCGGGAGAAAUCGCAUAUUCCUGACGAUCUCCUCUUGGCGCUCAAAUUCGUCUUCGGCGCUUCUGCCGUCCCGGCUUUGGAUUUAGUCGACCGGCAGUCGGUCACUCGCCUUGCGUCUCCCAGCGGGAGGACCGUGUACCAGGUGGCUGGCAGCUCAGGGAAGCUCUACACUUGCUAUGCCUUCUGCCAUUUCUGCUCCUGCCCGGCCUUCACUUUCUCCGUCCUCCGAAAGGGCGAGCGCUUGGUGUGCAAACACAUCCUGGCCAUCUACCUCAGCCGGGCCCUCGGCACUUGCCAGGAGCUGACCGUCCCAGAGCAACAACUGACCAAACUCUUGCUGCCCCAAGAAGAGGCCGGAAAGGAGGCCAACCCAUGACCGACACCAGAGAGGGAGGAAACGUGUCGUUAUGAACAACCUCGAGGGGGGUUAUGGGCCCGCGUCCAGAAACAGAAGAUUUGCAAGCAUUCCAUAAAGAACGAGAGACCAAACGCAUCCCUUCUUCUGCGCCAGGAGUUCUUGCCGGCAGCGACGCUUUUAUUACAAAACACAAAAUACGGAGCAACAAUUCAGCAUGAAACCAUCCUCAUGAUUUCCCGUUGGAGACCCCCCUCGCAGCACCAAGCAAACCAGCGAUGACAGAUUUAAAUUAAGACCAA